AUGGACUGGCGUCCAUCGAGUAUAGAGCAGAGACAGGUCAUCUCCGACGAUGUGCUGCCAUUAUUUCUUUUCUUUUUCGACGUAUUGAGUAUUGAGAAAAUCACUUCGGAAAUGGCAGACAUCUCAUCUCCAAUCUCUCGAAGAGUGUCGUUUCCAGCUGCAGAUGGGCUCUAUGUGCCGACCCCUAUGAUGUAUGAGCCGUCUCGGCGCACCCCAUCUCCCAAGCUUGCCUACACUGAUAGACGGGACUGUCAACACAUACGACGGUCUAGUUUGGAACCGGUACUGGAGGGAGAAGUGAGAACAUCCGACAAUAGACGGCAUAAUGUUGGUCAUGAUUCCGGCAGCGCUCCGCCAAAGCCAAACCUGGCAAAACCUCCCGCCCCGAACUCAGGGAGGCCAGCCCAUAGCAAAUCUACUGGCUUGCGGCGUGAUUUUAUCUUUCGAAGUGAAUCACUCCUCUCCGUCGAGGUCAAGACUAAUGUUGUGAUUACCAACGAGUAUCUCUUCAUGAAUGAACUCACACAUCAUUUGUCGAUCCGGUACAGUCGCCCUAUAAGCUCAAUCGCCAUAUCUUUACAGCAUGGGAUGUGUCUGCUCUUCGGUGGCUCAUUCGAGCCAGCAUACAUCAUGACGAUUACUGCAUUGGCAGAUCAAGUCAAGGCCGAUACGAACAGACGAAAUGCAGCGUUAUUCCAAUCCCAUCUUCAGCAAGCUCUCAGGGUUACCCCAACACGCGGCCUCGUCCUAUUUGUGCCUAUUGUCGAGGAAUGUUCAGCAAACGGCGGAGCCGCAGCAAAGGGAGCGUCGGUUGGGCAAGGUUUGCAAGGCCAUGACGACAGAAAUGGAGAGGGGCGAAGAUCCAAGUCGCUUACUUUGCGGAAACCCGCAUCGAUGACAUCCAUGCUGUCUCAGCGACAAGAUAAAACGGUGCCUCCUGUUGAUGCCAUACCACCUACAGCGGUUCCAACGGCCAGUGUUGACAUGAUGAUUUCACCGGAGAUGAAAACAAGCAAGAAACGGAAGAGUUUUAUGCACAGCCUGUUCAUGAGAUCACAAAAAGAAGUAGAAAUGAGCUAA